GAUGCUCUACAGAAUGCUUUGUCCGGUCUAGGAAACGGUGGAGUUGAACUGUUCCCUGGGAACAGAGUUCUGGCCAUAGAAUUUGCCGGUGACAUUGCCUUGUUGGAUGAUGAUACACAGGCAGUCUAA